CAUGGAAAGAGACGCGUUGUCAGAGACGCUUUCGAAAGCGUCCUCUCUGCUAUAAAUCGACGACAGAGGGUGCUGGGCAUGCAGGACUGAACGCCAUUUCAAGUGCUGCCAACCAGUUAUUUAUAAUAACACAACUUGACUGUGGAGUUGGCUUUAUUUUGGCGCAAGACGGAGUAUCGGAGUAUCUACCGGAGGUAUGCUAGGACAAUGUGACAUCGUCCUCCGGCCCACUUUCUCAGUUUUGGAGUGAGAAAAGCCGCGCGGAUGAGCGCUCUUCUGCUAACACUGUCUGUAAUGUACAUAAGGCUUUGCUUUCAGCCCAAGGAUUACAGAAUAAGAAGAAGUCUGCGGCGGGCUUGCAUCUUCUGGUGUUCCCACAACUGCCCGGACUGCCCGUUAAACUCUGAAGUUUGGAUUGCUUUUUUUGCUUUGAGCUGCUUGAGCACAUCGUUACCUGUUGGUGCUACAAGCAACAUACAAGAGCAAGAAGUACUUGAGCUCCAGUGUUGGAUUAAAAACUAUACAGAACGGCUUCGUGGGUGUAACACAAUGCUGUACACACCACACAUUGACAAGGAGGAACUCAAAUCAUGCAGAGAAAUGAUAAUGCAAUGCUUCCUCCUGGAAAUUGAGGUCAUGAUGUUCGAGACGGAGGUUCCUGACACAGACCAAAACAUAGAGUCGAGGAAGAAUUACACACUGUUACGUCAGCUACCCCAGAGCAGGUGCAAGCUGUGCGAAUUGCAUGACAUGACCAAUUCCACGGUGUUCCUGGAGACGUUCCAAGACUUUCUGAAAAUGAUAGUAAACCAAAUCCACAGCUGAUAGCUACCAGAAUGGAUGUAAACGCAGCGGUUUUUGUGGGACAUGCUCAUGGAUUUCCCUACGGAGCAGGCGGUGGUGAGCAUUCUUGGGAAGUGAACCUCUGGCAAUUUUUUUUUUUAACCUGUCCUACAGGGGGCAGGAGGGAGGGCACCGGAGUAGGACUUUGUGUAAAGAAGAGCCCCUAUGCACCUGACACAAAGCAGUGUCACAGCAGCAUCACCAGUUUCCUGAGAAAACUACUUGCGGGAGUUUAACUUACACAAAAAUGUUCUGAGGGCAGAAGAGAGAGAUAAUCGAUCGGAUUGUAGAGAAGGUGGGUCCAAGCAACUAGAAGAGGCAGGACCAACCAAUCAGAUGUCUGUCUCACAUCUUCUAGUUUUUAAUUUUUCCUUCUGCCCUGAGAACAUUUUUGUGUAAGUAAAACUUCCAUGAGCGAGAAGAACUGCAAUAUAAAUCAAGUGUGUUGAUCUGUGACCUUCAGCUGUUGAAUAAUCCCAGUCAGGGCUUUGAUUUCCUUUACACUGCAUCAGUAUCAUCGGAAGAAUGCACCACGUGAUGUUCAAGGCACCUUCAUGCAUUUCCAAAACUAUGAAGGCAUUAAACCGUCCAAAAAAACAAAAAUAAAACCUGGACAAUUCAUAAAGUACACUCCAAGGAUCAUCCACCCCUUGAGUUUUCUACAUCCACAAGGUUUACAAUUCUAGUUUCUAUUUCAGGGUAGUUCUUAAUAUUUCACGAUCAUCUGCUGCUUUAAAGCACUUUGGAAAAACUGAUUUUGGUAUACGUGCAUGUUAUUUGAAUAACAUGCCACAAGGAUUGUAAGUGAAAAAUAUAAUCGGUCGACCUGAAUGAAUAAUAAUGUAACAAUGUUUCUUCACACAAAUGUUUAUGAAAAACGUCUGUAAAGUAUAACCAUGUGUCGUUCGUAAACAAAUAUCCAGUCUUUAUGAAUGUCUGUAGCCAUAUUGUGAAAACUAUAUUAUGGAUAAAUUAGACUACAUACAUUCAGUGGUCACUUCAUUAUACAUCCUUACACUGAACCAAGAAGGAAGUUUCCCUUUAUGUGUUCAGAACUGCAUUCAGGGUCUCGCUUCGGACAUUCAGACUCUGUGUUAAUUAUUAGUUAAUAAUGUAGCCACCGAGUUGAACAUUUUCUUGUGCACUUUGCAAGUGUCUGAAUUAUAAAUUGUCCUUUUCAUGUUACUUAAGCUACUAAUAAAGUCGUUUGUAUCACAGGCUCUGUACCUUAUACAUUUUAGAAAUAUAUAUAUAUAUAUAUUUUUAUUAAAAAAAUUGAUUUUGAUAUAUAACAAUAAAAAGUAUGAUCCUGUACA